AAGCUCACACUCAUUUCACUCGUCAACCACAACCAAUUCGUUCUCCAAUUUCAAGUUUUCUGAAAUGGCGAGACCAGUUUCCAUUGAAGUAUGGAACCCUAAUGGCAAAUACAGAGUUGUUAGCACAAAAUCCAUGCCGGGUACACGCUGGAUUAAUUUACUGGUUCAACAAGAUUGUCGUGUUGAAAUAUGCACAGAGAAGAAAACGAUAUUAUCUGUUGAAGACAUCAUUGCUUUGAUUGGAAAUAGGUGCGAUGGAGUUAUCGGCCAGUUGACUGAAGAUUGGGGGGAGACAUUGUUUUCAGCAUUGAGCAAAGCAGGUGGAAAAGCUUUCAGCAACAUGGCUGUGGGUUACAACAAUGUUGAUGUCAAUGCAGCAACCAAGUAUGGUGUUGCUGUUGGAAACACUCCUGGUGUACUUACAGAGACCACAGCAGAGUUAGCAGCAUCACUUUCACUUGCUGCUUCAAGAAGGAUAGUUGAAGCUGAUGGGUUCAUGAGAGCUGGCCUAUACGAUGGAUGGCUUCCACAUCUGUUUGUGGGGAAUUUGCUUAAAGGACAAACUGUUGGUGUGAUUGGAGCAGGUCGUAUUGGAUCUGCAUACGCUAGAAUGAUGAUUGAAGGAUUCAAGAUGAACUUAAUUUAUUAUGAUCUUUACCAAGCCACACGUCUAGAGAAGUUUGUUACAGCUUAUGGUCAAUUCUUGAAAGCCAGUGGCGAAGAACCUGUCACAUGGAAACGCGCAUCAUCAAUGGAUGAGGUUCUUCAAGUAGCUGAUGUCAUAAGUCUACACCCAAUAUUGGACAAAACCACAUAUCAUCUCAUCAACAAAGAACGCCUCUCGAAGAUGAAAAAGGAAGCAAUCCUUAUAAACUGUAGCCGAGGACCUGUGGUUGAUGAAGAAGCUCUUGUGGAGCAUUUGAAGCAAAAUCCCAUGUUUCGAGUUGGGCUUGAUGUUUUUGAGGAUGAACCAUACAUGAAACCUGGGUUAGCUGACAUGAAAAACGCCAUUGUUGUCCCUCAUAUUGCUUCUGCAUCAAAGUGGACUCGUGAAGGAAUGGCCACACUAGCUGCCCUGAACGUAUUGGGAAAAAUCAAAGGGUAUCCAACCUGGUCAAACCCAAACCAAGUAGACGCUUUUUUGGAUGAGAACUCACCACCUCCAUCAGCAUGCCCAAGCAUUGUCAAUGCAAAACAACUAGGACUACCUGUUUCGAAACUCUAAAGAUGGGCAAUGAUUCUCUUGGAUGACACUGCAUAUGUAUUCCGUUGAUUACUGUCUACAUGUAUAUUGCUUAUGCUCACUACUCUAUGUAUAUUUGCAAUGUGCAAGUGGAAUUGCAUUCAAUAUGUAUUGUGGUUUGUAUCAAGUUUGCUUUGAUUCUUGAGGCAAGUUGAUAUUGUAUUAUCAUACAAUACGAGUAAUGGUGGACUCCUUAGUCUUGGUCUUUUUCAAGAAAAUAGCAACCUGAACGAAUAUGACUAUUGUUCAUGUUCGUUCAUUUAACUAAACGAACGAGAAUUUGUGUUCAUGUUCGUUUAUUUAUUAAAUAAAUGAACUUUCC